AUGUAUAAGUUAACAAAACAUCUAAACAAAAGAUUCAGAAAUAGCACUUUAAUUUUUCCUAAACUCUAGAACUUCAAUCUAUUUAAUCCUUAACUUGUCAAAAUUAACUGUGAUAUUAGAUAUUUCUCGACAGUUGAUCCAAGUAAUCACAUUUAAUAAAAUAAUUAAAAUUUUACAGAAAAAUAAGACGACAUUAAUAAGACUGGGUAGGCUGUAGCCACUAAGAAAGAAAUCAGAGCUUAUUUGCAGCCAAUUAUAUUUAAUAAAGAGGCAAAAUCUAUACUUUACAAGUCCACAUUAUUGCUAGCACUUUCUAAGUCCUUGGCAAUUGCAAGUCCCUUCUUCUUGAAAUACACAGUGAAUGCUAUUUCAUUGGGAGCCUAAAUGGAUAUUAAUAUGGCUUGCUUAGGAAUCAUAGGAUUUGGAACUGCAAGAAUAUUAUCAACUGUGUUUCAAGAAAUCAGAAUGAAGUAAAUAGCAGACAUUAUUCAAAUAGGCGCUAAGAAUGUAUCAAUGCAGGCUUUCAAGCACCUACAUGAGCUAGACAUUUACUUUCAUAAAGUUUCUUCUAAGAAUACAGUAUUUGCCAUUAACAGAGCUAUUAGGUCUAUAGAAAGUGCACUUAGGUUUACCUUAGGCUUCUUCGCUCCUGUAGGGUUUGAAUUUGUAUUGUUAUGUGGAACCUUCCAACUCUACUUUGGCUUCCCUUAUUUGGCUAACAUGCUUGUGACUCUAGGAUUUUACACAAUUCUUACUAAAAAAUAUAGCACCUACAGGCAAAAUAUCAUUAGGGAGAGGAAAAAUCAUGAGAAAAAGUCUGAGUUUUAUUUAAAUGAAAGUAUGAUGAACUAUGAUACAGUAAAGAACUUCAACAGAGAAGAAAGAGAACUGAGAAUAUAUGAGACACUUCUAGAUAAAUUAAGGAAAUCAGCAGAAUAAGUAUAGAUCACACUUGGUCGUUUGAACAUUAGUCAAUCAGUGAUAUUCAGCAUUGGAAUGACAAUUAACCUUUUAAUGGCAGUAUAGGAUGUAUCACUGGGUGUUUUCACUCCUGGAGAUUUUGUAAUGCUCCAAACACUCUUUAUAUAAUUAGCUGGGCCACUCUUUAAUAUGGGUACACUGUUCAGAGAGAUCGAUUAAUCUCAGGUUGAUGUUGAAGAUCUCUAUGUGAUGUUGAAGCAAGAAUCUAAGAUAAAGGAAAAGAUUGAUGCUUAAGACUAUCAAUUUAAACAAGGCUAAAUUCAAUUGCAAGGAGUUUCUUUUAAGCAUAUGAAAGGCGAUAAUAAUGAAUUCAAUGGAUAAGAGAAAUAUCUGUUCAAAGAUUUGACUCUAGAUAUACAACCAGGUACUACUAAUGCAAUAGUUGGAUAAAGUGGAUUCGGAAAGACUACAAUGCUUAAUUUGAUAAAUAGAAUAUAUGAUCCUCAUGAGGGCUCAAUUAUCUUGGAUGGGCAGGACUUAAAAGACUUGAAAUUCAAAUCUUAUCGUAAAUACAUUUCUGUCAUCCCCUAGAAUGGAAUUCUAUUUAACGAUACUAUUUUGCACAAUCUUUAAUAUGGCAAUGAGGAUGCCACUUUUGAGGAAGUUGUUGAGAUCGCCAAGAAAUGUCAAAUUCACGAAAAAAUUCUAUCAAUGGAAAAGGGUUAUGAGACCUAAGUAGGGGACUUAGGAAGCAAACUCUCAGGAGGUGAAAGACAAAGAAUACUUAUAGCAAGAGGAUUGCUGAAAAAGGAUGCAAAAAUAUAUCUUUUUGAUGAAGCAACUAGCAAUCUAGAUGCUCACACUGAAAGGGAUAUUACUGAGGCACUAGAAGAGAUUAUGGUUGGCAAGACUGUGAUUUACUGUGCUCAUAGACUUUCUUCUAUCAUUAAUGUUGACAAUAUAUACGUGCUUGCAGACGGCAAAGUAGCUGAAAAGGGCACUCAUUGGGAGUUGAUGGAUAAUGAAAACUCUCUAUACACUGAGAUGUGGAAGAAUUAUUUAAAUGAGCAAGAAAAAGAAAAAGUUGCUGAGGAAAAAUGA